AUGCUACUUUCCGGGUUGGGCCCACUUCUGCCGCGCGUGGCGGCUUCGCUGCGGCGGACUGUGCCGGCGGCUGUGACGGCGGCCGCCGUCGUCUGCCGGCCGGCCGGGCCGUUGGCGGCCCAGCGCUGGUAUGCUGAUCGAGCGGCGGGCUCCCACCAGCUGAAGGAGGCCGCGCAAAAGCCCCGCCGGCAGCGGUCCCCCAAGCCGUCGGGCGAUCUGAAGAACCUUGUGAAGCCCGAUCGGCAGAACCCCUCGCCGCGGCUGGGAAACACCGCCACUGUGGACUUUCUGAAGAGGCUAGAUCGCGAAUUUUCCGGCUUCUCCAUGCCUCAGCCGGCCGAGCCGCCCGGGCCCAAGGUCUUGGUGCUGGCCGGGCCGACUGGCAUCGGCAAGUCCCAAAUGGCCCUGGAUCUGGUGAAGUUCGGCCACAUCCCCAACGGCGAAAUCGUGUCGGCCGAUGUCUUCCAGGCCUACAGCGGCCUGCACAUUGGCACAUCCACCCCGCCGCCGGAGUUCUUCGAGCAGGUCCCGCACCACUUGUUCGGCUUCGUCGACCCGAACGAGACCAUGAACAGCUCGGACUACUACCAGCGGACAUUGCAAACGAUCGAGGAUAUCGUCGCGCGCGGUGGCACGCCGAUCAUCGUCGGCGGGGCUGGCUUCUACCUGCAGAACAUCCUACUCGGUGGGCUGUCUGGUGUGCCGCGCUCCGAUCCGGAGACUCGCGCCAAGGUGGCCCAGAUGCUGGAGGCCGAUAGCAACUGGUCCAAAUCCACGCUGGUGGGCUAG